ACGGUAAUGACUUCUUAAUGGAAGGUAAUGGAACAAAGAAAAUGUUCCGUGUGGCGAACUUUCCGCUGUGCUAUGUCUAUUUUAACAUCCUAUAAAUUCACCUCUGUGCUUUCAGCAGAUGUCGUUAGAAAAAAAUGAUUGCAUCACGAAAAGCUCAGAUUGAAGAUAACACACGGCUCCAGGAUCCUUUUUCUCGUUGUCCCACAGAACCCAGGUGUUUGAUAAGUGGCUCUGGUUCGACCCUGCGUCGAUAAAAUGCCCUAAUUGAGUGGAUCUUCUGGGCAUCGCAGAUUUGUAGUUGUGCUUCGUGACUGGCAAGUAUUGAUCGACGUGGAGUGUGCUCACAAUGCGGGUGUGUGCAUGAUGAUGGGACGUACUUGAGCUCAACCUCCGAGGGAUUACAGUGUUGCAGAGGCUUCGCUUUACGCCGUUGUAUUGUUAACCAGCACGGGUAAUAUUUACAGCAAAUUAAUCUGCAGGAUUAUUCUUGUUUUUUUAACCAGGUUAUUUUUUUUGGUGCUUCUUGCAUGAUUCUUCUAUAUUUAACUAAAAAACAGGAUGUUGCAUGAAUGUUUUAUUCUCUGACAAAUGUUAGUCUUUAGUUAGCGUUUCUCUUCUCACCACUUUGUCCUGCACAAGAUGACAACUCCGUCAAAGCCUCCUGUGGAUGAUCAGGAUUAUAUCAAGCUUGAGGAACUGGGAGACCGUGUUUCUGAUGGCAGUGACCUCAAACCAGUGACUGGCAGUCCUCCCAGAGAGACCACGGGGAUGUUCGCUGCUCACCGCAGACCAAGCACCACCUCCGAGCGAGAGCUGGACAAGCCGGAGGCCGAGCCCUGCUCCCAUGAUGCCCUGGGGGGCAGUGAACUGGGCGGCUCCAGCUGCUCCAUGUGUUCGGACAAGUUUAAGAGCAGCAGCAGCCAUUUGUCAUCAGAUGAUUCCUACCAGCCCGGAACUGGAGACGACUGUGCAGCUCUCCUGCUCUCCUGUCUGUACUGUCGUUUCCACGAGUUAAUGGCCCUGCUACCGGAUACCUGCGAGAGGGCAGUGAGCCGCUGUUUUCCCUCGUACAAAUACAUCAUGGCGGCCAGCGAGUGGGACGAGCAGGGACAGGGCUGCUGCGGCCACAAGCUGGAGCUGGACUGUAACUUCUUUGACUCCUGUAAGGACGCAGGCGACCUGGUGGAGCUGGCCAUGGAGAUAUCAGAGGUGUGCUACCGCUGAAACCUUCACCUCUGACCUGCACGAUGAGUUCCCUUCCAAAUAAAAUCACCACAUUGUACAUUUAUUUAAAAUCAUACUGCACAACUGAUAUUUACUUCACUCUCCCAUCUUUCCCAUGCUGCAUAUCCACUAUAGAGUCAGACUCAGUAGAGCUCACACCUCCGCCAAGGCCCAAGAGAGAGAACAACAUUUAAAUUCACUAGAUCCAGGUUAUUGUUUGGAUCUGCACCGAAUUGCACACACUCAUAAAUAUCAUUCCCCUAAAAAACUAAACAAAUAUUGUGAUGGUGUCACUUUGGACUUUGUUAUUCAGCAGAUUCAUCCAUAUUGAAAAUCAUCAUUAGUUGCAGUCCUAUGCAAAAUAUCCCAAAAUGAGCUUUUUAAUGCAUGACUAGUAAUAAUCUAAUGUAAUAGUAUAACGGUCAGGACAUGUUUCUGCAUGAUUGAGUACUUUAACAUUUCCCUGUCUAUGCCUGCAGUGUCGUACUUGUUUUUUACAGUGUGGUAUUAAUACUUUUACUGACUGGCGGGUUUGUUUCUGUGGGUGUGUGAGAGAACCGGCACGUCACAGAAAAGUUCAUUUAAUAAGGGACAGGUUACUUAAGUCAGCUGUAACGUGUGACUAGACACGCAUAUCAUCUUCCAUCCCAUCAGAUAACCUCCCUUUUCAGCACUGAACAAGAGAGAGAGCUCGGGUGAGAAUUCCAUGUUUCUUAUAUCAGUAAAUCAGUUAUAGUUUUUAUAGAUAAAGUCUUGAAAGCCACAUAUCUCCUACAAAUUAGACCAAUACUUAUGAAUUAGUCUUGUCCCUCAGUUGUAAGGUUUUGGAUAAAAGCAUCGGCCAAAUAAGUCAGUGUAACUGUAUGAUUCCCUAUAGGUACAGUACAAUACAAUAUAUAAUAAAAUACAAUAUAUUAUUCCUCCGAUUAAAUUCACUUCCAAGUCUGUUAAAAA